AUGUGGGCCAAUUCACCAUCCACAUAUCCUCAGCAAUAUGCCCAGAAUCAUCGGCAGUCGAUGAUGAGCGACACCCAGUCGGUCUCAUCCCACCACUCUGUCAACACUGGUACCAUGAACAACUCACAAUAUAACCCUCACUACCAUCACGUCCUUUCACCAGCUCCACAUCUACAGCCGCAGCAACAAAUCGUCAGUCAUCUUCCGUCUCUCACUAGCAUCCUCCUCAACAAUUCUCCAGGCCAGUUCCAAGCCGCGACGCAACAUCCGUUCCUUAGACUAGCUGGACUGGGCCAACUUCCCAAACACGUUCUGUCACGAUGGCUGUCCCAAGACCGACUCUAUGCCCAAGCAUAUAUCGGCUUCAUCGGCAGUCUUCUCUCACGAGUUGACCUUCCUUACGUCUUCAUUGCCGAUAAACCAUCCAGUCUUCGCUGGCGCAUUGUCAAUAUGUUGACCAAUUGCUUGAACAACAUCCACCGCGAGAUCGACUUCUUCACCACCACAGCGCAGAAGUAUGGUCUUGACCUUCAGUCUCCCGCACGGCCAGGCGACUCGCAGUUCACGGCCGAUACCGCCACAAAGCAAUACAUCGACCUGUUCCGCGCCUUCUUGACCGACCCGAGUAUGUCGCUGCUCGAGGGUCUCGUGGUCCUGUGGGCCACGGAAACUGUCUACCUGAGGGCGUGGAGUUAUGCCGCAUCGUACAUCCGCGCUCCAUACACCGCCGAGACGUCUUCUCCACCACUUCGGCCGCCACUGCCUUCGUCGCGCCCCAGCUCCCACUAUUCAUUCACCAACACCACCACCACCACCAACAACAACAGCAAUAACAGCAACAGCAACACCCCAAAUCCCAGUUACCCGCCCGCCCCGACCUCCAACUACGCGGCCUCACAAGCCGACUCCGAAGGACCCAUCCCGAUUCUGACCGCCGAAGACCUGCCGACAUCUCACCCGCACCGAAACAACACAAAUACGUCCCGCUCCUCCUACCACACGAACCCGCCGCAGAGCCCCGGUCCAGCAUCAAGCCCCAACCCCACCUCCAACUCCUCGUCCUCCAACGACCUCGACGGCGGCGCCCUCCGCCACGAAUUCAUUCCGAAUUGGACGAGCCCCGAGUUUGAGGCCUUCGUGCGCGAGAUCGCCGAGGUCACGGAUGAGCUGGCUGCUCGUGAAGACGCCGUCGUCCGCAGGCUCGACGUCUACAAGGCUGUGUGGCGCCAUAUUCUCGACGUUGAGACGAGGUUUUGGCCGGGCAUUGAGCCUCAGUGA